AUGACAACGAUGUUCGUCCAACUGCGUGGUGUGGUGUACCUGUUGGUACUUCUGCAGUGCUUUGUGUAUGUGGCAUGUGCGGAGGAUGUUGUGCAGGAUUCUACAGACAUCAAGUCAACGGAAGAUGACGUGGAUCAGUUGUUAAACAAGACGGUAGCCACGGCGUAUGAGCGCAUCGUGAAUAUGUCUGGUUGUCUGUCACUGUUCGAGGAUAAUGGGGAAUUAUGCGAGAAAAGUGCCAAGCGUGCUGAUGUUAUUGCAAAGAAUAUCACGGUUCUUCGUGAAGAGAUCGAGGGAUUAGAGAAGGGAAUACCGGCAUCUGGGUCGAAAGAUGAGUGGAUACUGAAAAAUAAGGAUGGAAUACAACAAAACAUAAGAGAUUUUGACAAUGUGACACUAUCACUCGUAGACAUGGGUCUAUUGGCACUUUCAUGUAGGGAACAGUUUGUGGACUUGGGAGAAGAUAUUGGGAGUCUUGUCGCAGCUCGAGAGCGUUUUUUGAAAGUACAUAAGGACAAAACGCACGAAAAGCGGGGGGUAAUGAAACUCGAUGAGAGGAGCAGUAAUGCAAACCAAACGUUAUUUGAUCUCAAAGAACGACUCUUUUCCGAGGAUGGUGAACUCAAACCUCUUGAGAAUGUCAAGAAAUCCAUGGCUGACGCGGAUGAAGCAGUGGAAAAACUCAGGGAAACUUUGGAGAAAGUUCAGGUGCUCGCAAGUGUAUCGGAAGUAUUCAAGGGUGUGGACUUUGAAAAUAUAGGAGGGGAGAAAAAGGACAUCGUCGCUAAAAAACUGGAGGAAGCAAAAGAAACAGCAAAACAAAAGUAUCUGACUCUGGUACAGGAGGAGCUGGUAGAAGAUGAAAAGAGGGUAAAGGAGGAAGAGCGUUCGUCAGCGGUAAUAAAAGAGGCAGAUGAUGUUAAAGAGAGGACACAGGAGACACAAGAAGAAAAAAAGAAAGAGGAAGAGGCUGGAGGAGAAGAAGAACAGACGGAACGGGCAGCGGAAGAGGCGAGAAAGAAAGCAGAAGCGGCGAAGAGGAAUGACAACAGCCUCAGUCCUGCAUUGGUGCACAGUUCCAUGCUGCUUCUCCUUCUGACUGUGUUGGGUUACACUCUCGUGUGCUGA